GUGCAUUGCAUGGCUCCCUUCGACGUAGAUCUUUGCAUGCUGAAUUUGUCGACUUGUUACGUGGUCAUGGGCGGCACGACCUGCGACUUGGGUUGUAAUUCUCCGCCUUAUGUCGGGGAGGCGACCACCGCCUUUUGCCCGGAUGGCAACACGGAUCCUUUCGAGCCUCUGAACUGGUCCAUGCCAGUUUGUUUGCCGAACUGCGAUGCGCGCACGCCGGUGCCGGAAGGCUACCGGCUCGCCCCGGAUGGAACUUGGAGCUGCGCGGACACGCACUACGGAAACCCGUCGGCCGUCUGCGUGGUGAACGACGACUGCGUCGCCGAGUGGAGGCCCAUCGGCUGCGAUAGGUUGCACCCGUGCGUGGCUCCCACAGAUGACUUGUGCCGGUACAACAUGUCUGACUGCCUUCACGUCCCUCCGGGGGGGCAGUGCCUCAUCCGCUGCCGCGAGCCUUUUGUGGGCGGCGCCUCACUGGCCAGGUGUGAAGAGAACAAUGUGGACCCCAUGAAGAUCUUGGACUGGUCGCCACCUCGUCCUUCCUGCGCUUUGUUCAUCUGCCCGGAGCCCGAGAUUGUGCCGCCCGGCUACGUCCGCACGGCGGACAACUGGCGCUGCGCCGAAGGCUACGUGGGUGCACCGAAGGCCUUCUGUGACAUGGAUGCGUAUUGCACGGUGACCACGAUACUGAGUGGCUGCUCUCGGGACGAAGCCUGCUGGCCGCUUGCUGUAGAUGAGUGCGUGAUGGAUGCGUCCGCAUGCAUGGGCGUGAAUCCUGGAGACACCUGCCUCGUGCGCUGCAAGGCUCCGUACACGGGCACGCCAGGGGUGGCUGCGUGCCCGGCGGACAACAUCGAUCCCUUCGCCCCGGU